UCCCCAACCUUCAAGAAUACCAAACCUUGCCUCCUCCUCUCUCUCUCUCUCUCUCUGACUCUGUUUCUUCCCCAAGAAAAAACAAUCCUUUCCCCUCUUACAACAAUCUAAGCUUCCUUAAUCUCUUUGUUUUAAUCCGUAUUAUACAUACAUGUAUAUGUGUGUGUAUAUAUAUGAUCGCCAUGGCUAUUGUCUCUGCAAUUCAAGGAACCUUCACAGAUUCCUAUCUUCUCCUCUGUUUUUCCUUCCUAUCUCCCUAAUUCAGUAGUACUCAAAUGGAUCCUCACACCAGGGACGAACAGAAACAUCAUGAUGUUGGCCCAGCGAAUCCAGUCCCGUUGUCCAAAUACUCGAACCGGGUCGAGCUUAAAACUCUGCUCGAACGGAGCGACGGCGGCGCCGGAUUGGUCGGAGAAAGGGUUGUGAUCGGUGGGUGGGUGAAGUCUUCUAGGGCUGUGAAGAAAGACUCUCCUCCACCGCCUCCGCUGCCAACGCUUCGCGAUGCUCUUAGCGGCGGUGGUCGGUCUUAUCCAGUGUUCGAGAAGCCGGAAUCCGCCGGUCUUAAGGCCGCACCCGCGCCGCCUCCGCCGUCGUACAUGUUUUACUUCUUGAUCAGCGAUGGCUCUUCCGUCUCCAGUCUCCAGGUUGUUGUUGAUUCCGCAUUGUCCACUUUACCGGCAACUCAGCUUAUGUCAAUUGGGACAUGUAUUGUAGCAGAAGGAGUACUGAGACAUCCGACAGUGGCUUCUGCAAAACAUGCCAUUGAACUUAAGGCAGAGGAGCUUCUUCAUGUCGGAACAGUUGAUCCGGAGAAGUACCCAUUGUCCAAGAAACAGCUUCCUCUGCAUAUGCUUAGAGAUUUUUCCCAUUUCAGGCCCCGUACCACUACGGUGGCAUCUGUGACCCGAAUCCACAGUGCUCUAACAUUAGCGACCCACACGUUCUUCGAGUUAAACGGGUUUCAGUAUGUUCAAGUACCGGUCAUCACCACCACUGACGCUGAAGGAUUCGGUGGGAUGUUCAGGGUCACUACUCUUUUAGGCAAGACCACUGCUAAGGAGGAAGAGAAACAUGCCAAAGAAAAAGAUGAAAUCAGCCUUGAUGCGAUAAAGACUGCUAUAAAAGAAAAGAGCAAGCGGAUCGAGCAACUCAAGAGGACCGAGAGCAACCGGGACGCUUUGGUUGCUGCUGUGCAGGAUUUAAAGAAAGCAAGCGAUCUUGCAGCACAGAUGGAGAUGAGACAAAAACCUAGGGCGGGAACUUUGGUGAAACACGAUAAAUUUGAUGUCACGAAAGAUUUCUUCGGCCAUGAGACAUAUCUGACUGUUUCUGGGAGGUUUCAUCUCGAGAGCUAUGCUUGUGCUCUUGGAAAGGUUUAUACCUUUGGACCCAGAUUCAGAGCUGAUAAGAUAGACAACGGUAGGCAUUUGGCAGAGAUGUGGGAUGUGGAAACCGAAAUGGCUUUCUCAGAGUUGGAUGAUUCAAUGAAUUGCGGGGAAGAAUUCUUCAGGUUCCUUAUCAAAUAUAUUCUGGAAAACCGCUCAGAAGACAUGAAAUUCAUAUCUAAACGAGUUGACAAGACCAUUGCUAGUCGUCUCGAAGCAGUAGCUUCUAGUCCUCUUUCGAGGCUCUCCUAUACCGAAGUGAUUAGUCUUCUGCAAAAGGCAACCAGUAGGAAAUUUGAGACAAAAGCUGACUGGGGCGUUGCUUUGACAGCCGAGCAUCUCAGUUAUCUUACCGACGAGGUCUACAAGGGUCCUGUAACAAUAUACAAUUAUCCAAAAUCCGUUAAACCAUUUUACGUACGUUUGAACGCUGACGAGAAAACUGUAGCAGCCUUUGAUCUGGUUGUGCCAAAGGUUGGAGUUUUGAUCUCUGGGAGCCAAAACGAGGAACGGUUUGAAGUUUUGGAUUCAAGGAUCAAGGAGCUUGGAUCGGUAAGAGAGCGGUAUGAGUGGUACUUGGAUCUAAGGAGGCAUGGGACAGCAAAGCACUCCGGAUUCAGCCUUAGAAUGGAGCUCAUGCUUCUCUUUGCCACCGGCCUUCCUGAUGUUAGAGACGCCGUUCCUUUCCCGAGAAGUUGGGGCAAAGCAAACAACUAAUGAACCAGGAUCCUACUGGCACCUUGUAAACUUAUCUUCUCAUUGUAUUGGAAGUUCAUGUACACUACUAUCUUGUAAGGUGUAACCACAGUACCAUAUACCCAAAUAAAAGGAAAUUGUUUCAAGGUGCACAUGAUUUU